UAAUUCAGCGAGGCAUUGGGGACUCCGCCCCCAUCCUUUUGAAACCCCUUCCGUUGUCUUCACACCUUGGCGCGAGCUGUGUGGCCUGGUUCCGGAUCCCCCGUCCUCAAGAGGAAUGUCUCGCUGACACCUGCCGUUGUCUCCGCAAUCCUGAGUCACUUCUGCGUUUUCGCUUCGCUUUCGAUUUCUCCGCAAAGAUUGUGUGUGUGUGUGUGUGUGUGUAUUUCGAGAUCACCCAUUUCGCAAGGUCCGCAGCGCUGUUAUCAGCUGUUUUGAACGCGGGAGCACUCUGUACAGCUCUAGCUAUGGAACCCCUGCGGUGCGCCACUGGGUCAUCGUCCUCGUCGUUGUCGUCGGUAGUUUCCGCGUCGAAGGCAUCGUUCUGUGGGGGAAAUGUGGGUGGGCGGAAUCUCGUGGCGUUGCGGAGCGUUGGCACCAAUGCGUGUUUCCCGAGGCGGAGCUUGUCGGUGGUCAGAGCCGUGGAUGGGAAUUCGACCACGACCACGAGGACCCCCUCAGCGGCAGAAGAGGUCCCCACUUCCACCCCUGCAUCAUCCAAGGAGGUGGAAGUAGAAGUUCCAAUCGAGAAGAGGUACCCUGCAUUCCCCGCCGUGUUGGACAUCAAUCAGAUCAUGGACAUCUUGCCGCAUAGGUUCCCGUUCCUGUUGGUGGACCGGGUGAUUGAGUACAAUCCUGGGCAGUCGGCUGUUGCCAUUAAGAAUGUGACUAUCAAUGACAAUUUCUUCCCGGGCCACUUCCCCCAGCGGCCCAUCAUGCCCGGUGUGCUUAUGGUUGAGGCUAUGGCGCAAGUAGGAGGUAUCGUGAUGUUGCAACCUGAUGUGGGGGGCUCAAAGGAGACUUUCUUCUUCGCUGGAGUGGACAAAGUGCGCUUCCGGAAGCCAGUCAUUGCGGGUGACACCCUACUGAUGAAGAUGAAGCUUACCAAACUGAACAAGAGGUUCGGUGUCGCAAAGAUGGAGGGCCAAGCCUUUGUAGGUGGCGAAUUGGUGUGUGAAGGAGAGUUUAUGAUGGCGCUGGGUAAAGCUGAGUAGACCACUUAACAGCCGAAUUAGAAUCUUUACAUCCUUUCAGUUCCCAUGGAAUUCUUGUGUUUCGGGAGCUGAUUGCGGCUGCUUCACAGUCUUCGCUAGUUUUGCUGUUGCUUGUAAAAUAUGUUUUCUUGCGAGUAUCGAGCAUCGAUUAUUAUGCCCACGCACAAUUCUUGGUUCUUAUGGUAGAAUGUUGACGUUUAAGCUCUUGCACCUUAUCCCACAAUAACUCAACAUCGGACCACCUUUGCGGGUUCAUAAGUUUUUAUUUACAUGUUUUCUUCACCUCUUUGAAGCGGCUUUAGGUUUGGAGUGCAUUUUAUCCUA